AUGGAAAGACAAGCAACCUCGGCAAAGGGACCGUCAGCUUCGACGCAAAUUUCAGAUGCCAGCGGGUCUGGUAGCCUCGUAGGUUAUCCCCGGCUGGCUCGGGGGCACCUGGGCCGCCAAACCUAUUGGGGUUCCUUUAUCUUCAACAUAGGUGCCUUUGUUCUGCCAGCCCUAUAUAGUACUCUCAGCAAACUAUGGGUUGCGGAGAUUGACUCUAGUCAAGUUGUGACGACUGACGUGUAUACCUACAUUGGAGUGAUCGUCGAGGUUUUAAAUGAGGGUUUCCCUCGCUCGGCGUGGUUAUUGAUCGGGGAUAAUGCCACCCGGUCUAUGCGCUCGCGUCUGGAUCUGACGUGCACCAUGAUUGCAGCCACAGCCGCGCAGGGCUUUGUGGUCAUGGUCAUAUUUCUGAUUCGUCCGCAAAGUCUUGCAUCGGCAUUUGUUCCGGCUAAGGUUCGACAAUCCUCAGUGACGUACAUUAGACUGUCGUCUGUCCAAUUUUUUACCUCGGCGGUGGAAGCAGCCUUGUCCUCAUCGACACGGGCAUUGGACAAACCCGAUGUGCCGUUGGUGAUAAGCUCGAGCAAGUUCAUGAUCAAUAUACUAUUAGACCUGCUCAUAAUCUCAAGGUUCCGUGUCGGCCACUCAACGCCAACUGUCAUCCACCAGGCCAUCAUUCGGCUAGCUUGUGACUGUCUUUCCGCUCUUGCGGGCUUAUCAUACUUCGUAUUGAUUAUCGCACGUCGCAGAAUAGAUGCGAGCGAUCGAUGCCAUUUUAGUGUGAGCAUCUCGGCGCUCAAGACUUUGCUUCGACCAAGCAUUUACACCUUCAUGGAAUCUGUAAUCAGAAAUGCCAUUUACCUCUGGAUUGUGCAUGAGAUUGUGCAACUUGGUGAAACUUACGCAACUGCCUGGGGUGUCUUUAACACUAUUCGCUGGGGCCUCAUUAUGGUCCCUGUCCAGGCGCUUGAAACAUCUACACUCGCCUUUGUUGGCCAUAACUGGGCAUUUUUCCGAGAGUCAAAGGAGUCACAGUAUCCAAAGGCAUCCCGCAAAGAGGUUUUAGGGAUCUUGCGGCCUGCCCUUAUGUCCUGUUUGGUCGGUCUUGUCUACGAAGUUGUUCUUUUCGCAUCUCUUUCCGUACAGGGAGUUCAGUUGUUUGCAUACUACCUGUCUGGCUCGAGAACCGUAGCAAAAGCCACUCAAGAAAUGUGGAAGGUUGUUGACUGGACCUACAUAUUCUACGGUCUGAGCUACCAACUUGCAGCUGUACUCCUCGCCACAUCACCUCGGUGGUAUCUUUACCAAGCACUUUGUUCCAACAUCUUUUGGAUGCUUCCCUGGGCAAUUUUUGUUACUAAAAUAACACUUCCACAAUCUUCAACGUGGACCUAUUACGCCAUCAUUUUCGGUGGGGCAAACGUUUUCGACUUCUUUGAUGUCAGCCUGAUAACCAUGGCAUGGCUUUAUAGAUUAGUGAAGGGAAAGGUUAAGAUUAACCCGGCGGCGUCAUCAGGAGAUCCAGAAGUUGGACAAGGAAAUUAA